CUGCCAGCUUCACUUCGGCGUGGCUGUACACAGUGUUAAGAAAUAGAUAAACUUUUUUCAAGUUCACAGGAGAGAGAGAGAGAGAGAGAUUCAGGAAAAGAGGCUACCGAUUUGAGGCUCUCAUUUCUGUUGUUGGCAGAAGGAAGGAAGGUGGGUUUAGGGAGGAGAGAGAAGAAGAUGAAUUGGAGGUGGACGGAGCUGGUAUUUCUCAUCAUUCUUUGCAUUCUGGGAUUGAAGCCCAGCUUCAUCAAUGGAGCCACAGAUCCAGCAGAUGCCUCUGCUUUAAGAGUUUUGUACACCAGCUUAAACUCCCCGUCUCAGCUAACCCAGUGGAACGCAAAUGGCGAUGAUCCAUGUGGACAAUCAUGGAAGGGGGUUACUUGCUCUGGCUCACGGGUUACAGAAAUAAACUUAUCUGGCCUCGGGCUCAGUGGAUCGCUCGGAUACCAGCUCUCAAGUUUGACAUCGUUAACCAAUCUAGAUGUGAGCAAUAACAAUAUUGGGGGCGAGAUAGUCUACCAACUUCCACCAAACCUGCAUAGAUUAAAUCUUGCUCGUAACAACUUCAAUAAAGGCAUCCCUUAUUCGGUCUCCUUGAUGACUACACUUCAAUACUUAAAUAUCAGUCACAAUCAGCUUCAGGAUCCACUGAUUGAUAUGUUUGGGCAGCUUACUUCCCUCUCCACAUUGGAUCUGUCUUUCAAUUCUCUGUCUGGCAACCUACCUCAGAGUUUUAGCUCCCUUUCUGGCAUCAGCACCAUGUAUUUGCAAAAUAACCAGUUCACUGGAACAAUCGAUGUCCUUGCAAAUCUUCCUCUUGACAACCUGAAUGUUGAGAAUAACCAUUUCACUGGCUGGAUCCCCGAACUACUGAAGAACAUCAAUCUGCAGACAAAUGGGAACUCCUUCAGCUCAGGUCCUGCACCUCCUCCUCCACCUGGUACGCCUCCAGCCACCAGAAGGAACCGAAAUCGAAAUUCUGGUAGCAAUAGUCCAUCAAAUGGUGGUUCUGGUGAAGGCGAGAAAUCAGGAAUUAGUGGUGGUGGCAUUGCAGGAAUUAUCAUCUCUGUGCUUGUCGUUGGAGCUAUAGUAGCAUUCUUCCUUGUAAGGAGGAAAUCAAAGAGAUCAUCUACAGACAUUGAAAAGCUUGAUAACCAACCCCUGCAACCUCUUAAAAUGAACGCAGCACAAGAAACGAAGUCGGAAGAGACCUCCUCCACACUUUUUCCAACAACAUUUGACACUUCUGCUGCAAUUAAUCUUAAGCCCCCACCUAUUGAUCGUCAUAAAUCAUUUGAUGAAGACGAUUUCUCGAAACGAGCCGUUGUCAAGAAGGCUAGUGCAGCUCCUAUCAAUGUAAAGUCAUAUUCAAUAGCAGACCUGCAAAUGGCUACAGGCAGCUUCAAUGUUGAAAAUCUUCUUGGUGAAGGAUCGUUUGGACGUGUUUAUCGGGCUGAGUUUGAUGACGGGAAGAUUCUUGCCGUGAAAAAAAUAAACUCGUCUGCACUACCUAGGGAAUUAUCUGAAGAUUUCACUGAGAUUGUUUCAAAAGUCUCCCAGUUACACCAUCCCAAUAUAACUGAGCUUGUGGGCUAUUGCUCAGAGCAUGGGCAGCAUUUGCUUGUGUAUGAGUUCCAAAAAAAUGGCUCGCUUUAUGACUUCUUGCAUCUAUCAGAUGAAUACAACAAGCCAUUGAUAUGGAAUUCCCGUGUUAAGAUUGCUCUGGGAACAGCACGUGCAUUAGAGUAUCUUCAUGAAGUUUGCUCCCCAUCACUUGUUCAUAGAAACAUCAAGUCUGCUAACAUAUUGCUGGAUGCCGAACUCAGCCCCCACCUUUCUGAUUCUGGACUGGAAAGCUUUGUGCCAAAUGAAGAUCAGGCACUGGAUCACAAUGCAAGGUCAGGAUACACUGCCCCUGAGGUUACCAUGUCUGGCCAGUAUACUCUGAAAAGCGAUGUUUACAGUUUCGGAGUAGUCAUGUUGGAGCUGCUGACUGGACGCAAACCAUUCGAUAGUUCAAGGGCGAGGUCGGAGCAGUCUUUGGUUCGAUGGGCGACACCCCAGCUUCAUGACAUCGAUGCUUUGGCCAAAAUGGUUGAUCCAGAACUCAAAGGGCUGUAUCCAGUUAAAUCUCUCUCCCGAUUUGCGGAUGUGAUUGCACUUUGCGUUCAGACCGAACCAGAAUUCAGACCUCCAAUGUCGGAGGUGGUGGAAGCAUUGGUUCGUCUGGUGCAGCGAGCAAACAUGAGUAAGAGAACAUUUGGAAAUGAGAAUGUAUCGUCUCCGAGAGCGGACAGCACAGGUGGGGAGGACACGCCAUAAACACAACACACAGACACAGCUUCUUCAACAGUAGUUGUUGGUUGGAUGAUGGAACUGAAAGAGACAUGUUUGUAAGUGUCCAAAAUCUUACCUUCUUAAAUUAUUUUUGUGUCUUCUUCAUAUACAAAGUUGGAAUCUGUCUGAGGCGUAAACACAAACAGGAGCUGUUAAUAUUACACUUUACGAUUGAUUGAUGUUAGGUCGUCUGUGGAGAGUUCAUAAUAACUCGAUAGGUUUAGUAAUUUCAUAGAGAACGCUCAGUUCAUUUGUUCCCAAGAAAUAAGUGGUGGAGAUUACUUGUUUGAACAUGACAUUCUUGCUUCCUUUUUUAAUCAAUUUUUUAUUUAUUGUUCAAA